GCACAGCCCCGGCGCGGGCGGACUGCGGCGAGCUCGGCGCAGGCACCUCGGCCCCAGCCAGCCCCGCGGCGGGGCAGCCGCAGGAGCCCUGGCUGUGGCCAAGGGGCAGUGGGCCAUGCCGGGGGCCGUGGAAGGCCCCAGCUGGAAGCAGGCGGAGGACAUUAGGGACAUUUACGACUUCCGUGAUGUUCUGGGAACGGGGGCCUUCUCAGAGGUAAUCUUGGCAGAAGAUAAGAGGACUCAGAAGCUGGUGGCCAUCAAAUGCAUCGCCAAGAAGGCUCUGGAGGGCAAGGAGGGCAGCAUGGAGAAUGAGAUUGCCGUCCUGCACAAGAUCAAGCACCCCAACAUAGUAGCCCUGGAUGACAUCUAUGAGAGUGGAGGCCACCUCUACCUCAUCAUGCAGCUGGUGUCAGGCGGGGAGCUGUUUGACCGCAUCGUGGAGAAAGGCUUCUACACCGAGCGGGAUGCCAGUCGCCUCAUCUUCCAGGUGCUGGAUGCUGUCAAGUACCUGCACGACCUGGGCAUCGUGCACCGCGACCUCAAGCCAGAGAAUCUGCUGUACUACAGCCUGGACGAAGACUCCAAGAUCAUGAUCUCCGACUUUGGCCUCUCCAAGAUGGAGGACCCCAGCAGUGUGCUCUCCACAGCCUGUGGGACCCCGGGAUACGUGGCCCCCGAGGUCCUGGCCCAGAAGCCCUACAGCAAGGCCGUGGACUGCUGGUCCAUCGGGGUCAUCGCCUACAUCCUGCUCUGCGGUUACCCUCCCUUUUAUGACGAGAAUGAUGCCAAACUCUUCGAACAGAUUUUGAAGGCCGAGUAUGAGUUUGACUCUCCUUACUGGGACGACAUCUCCGACUCUGCCAAAGACUUCAUCCGGCACUUGAUGGAGAAGGACCCAGAGAAGAGAUUCACCUGUGAGCAGGCCCUGCAGCACCCGUGGAUCGCAGGAGAUACCGCGCUGGACAAGAACAUCCACCAGUCGGUGAGCGAGCAGAUCAAGAAGAACUUUGCCAAGAGCAAGUGGAAGCAAGCCUUCAAUGCCACGGCCGUGGUGCGGCACAUGAGGAAGCUGCAGCUGGGCACCAGCCAGGAGGGACAGGGGCAGACGGCGAGCCACGGGGAGCUGCUGACGCCGGCAGCUGGGGGGCCAGUGGCCGGCUGCUGCUGUCGAGACUGCUGCGUGGAGCCGGGCCCGGAACUGCCCCCGACACUGCCCCCCCAGCUCUAGGGUCCUGGAGUUGUGGGAAGAGUUGGGGGCGGCCUGCUGCCCUUCUCUUCCUGAACUGGGGGGUUACCCUGCCCACCCCAUCCCCACCCUUUCCCCCACCACUCUCCACUGCAUUUUCCAUACAAAUGUUUCUAUUUUAUUGUUCCUUCUUGUAAUAAAGGGAAGCGGCUAAAACCACAAGUAUCUCUGUCUCUGC